AUAUGGGGAUGCGGAGUAAGGAAUUUAAAAAAAAAAAGUUGUGCGGAUGAGCUGUUUCUCAUCUCAAACAAGCAGAGCACACACGGGGAGUAAUUAUUCAUGAUUUAAAUGGCGGAGGAACUGUUACUGGAAAACGAUGCAAAGAUCAGCACGCAUCUUACUAUGCCUCUGCUGGUGGUGGCUUUUCUGGCGUCAUUCGGCAGCUCCAUGCUCUAUGGCUACAAUUUGGCAGUCGUCAACUCUCCUGCACAGUACAUCAAAGAAUUCUACAAUGAGACAAUGAUAGAAAGUUAUGACUGGACUCCGGAGGAGGAGCUCCUCACCGUCUUGUACUCCCUCACCGUGUCGAUCUUUGCUAUUGGUGGGAUGGUCGGGGCCCUGCUGGUGGGCAAACUCGUCACCAAAUAUGGAAGGAAAGGGACGCUGGUGAGAGCCACUGUGCUGGUGUUUAUAGGAGGAGGUCUUAUGGGCUUCAGCAGAUGGUGGAGGAUGCCUGAGAUGGUCAUUAUUGGACGCUUCAUCACAGGAAUACACUCAGGUAUCUCUCUCAGUGUGGUGCCGAUGUACCUUGGUGAGAUCGCCCCCAAGAACCUGCGAGGCUUCCUGGGCCUCGUUCCCAGCAUUCACAUUUGUCUUGGAGUCUUCAUCGCUCAGGUCCUGGGACUCCAUGAACUGCUGGGAAAGGAGGAGCACUGGCCUCUGCUCCUGUCCCUGGUGGUGUUUCCCACAAUGCUCCAGCUUAUGCUGUUGCCAUGGUUUCCAGAGAGUCCACGGUACCUGUUAAUAGAGAAGGGAAAUGUUCAUGCCACCAUCGCAGCCCUCAAAUGGUACCGUACUAAGGGAAACAUUCAGGCGGAGGUGGAAGAGAUGCAGGAGGAACAGCGCUCUCUUUCCUCCAUCCAGACCAUCUCUGUUCGCGGCCUACUUAUGGACCGCUGUGUUCGCUGGCAGGUCAUCACCAUUGCGGUUGUCAACGUUGGCAUGCAGCUGUCUGGCAUUGAUGCGAUCUGGUUCUACACAAAUGACAUAUUUGAGGACGCAGGAAUCCCAGAACCUCAUAUUCAGUACACAACAGUGGGAACUGGUGCCAUUGAGGUCAUUGCUGGGUUGCUGGGGUGCUUUACUAUUGAGCGUCUGGGCAGAAGACCUCUGAUGAUUGGUGGAUUCCUGUUCAUGGGACUCUGCUGUGCUGGGAUCACAGUGUCUGUCUUCUUCCAGGCGCAGCUGUCCUUCAUGCGCUACAUCAGUGUGGGCUGCGUUGUUGGGAUUAUUGCUGGCUUCUGCAUCGGCCCAGCUGGUGUGCCUUUCCUGAUCACUGCAGAGCUGUUUAAGCAGUCACACCGACCGGCUGCCUACACUGUGGCCGGCUGCCUCAACUGGUUGUCCAACUUCACCAUCGGCUUUGUCUUUCCCUUCCUAGAGACAGCUACAGGUCCUUACUGUUACCUGAUCUUCUGUGCGAUCUGCUUGGGAGUGGCCUUGUACACCAUCUUCAUUAUUCCUGAGACCAAGAAUAAAACCUUUAUGGAGAUCAGCCAGAUGUUCGCUGCCAAGAACAACAUCCUCAAAGACGAGCUGACUCCCAAUGGACAUCUCAAAAUGGCUGUGAUGAACGGCUACGGAACCCUUGGCCAACACGACGAAAAAUAAGGAGUGAAGAGGUGGACCUACAUGUAAAUGAUGGUUUUCUUCUCUCAGUGGGCCUUCUUUGUUUUUAAUGACUGAAGAAGCUGUAGCAGAGAUAAAAGGUGGAAUUUCUGUGGCCACGAGGAGAUCUGCUGCUUCAUGUGGAAACUACAAAGACCAAUGCGUACGCAUACACACACACAAUCGUUUCUGUUAAUCCCCAGUCAAAGUACAUCACGUGAGACAGAGGUCAUGUGGUCAAGCAUUUCAAAUGAACCAUCAGUGACAUUUUAAUCCAUUUCUCUGCAUCUUAAAGCAUUUUUACAGGAGCUGAAUUGGUUUCUCACAGUGCUCUCAGAUCUUUUAAUAUCCGGAUUAGCUUUACUUUGUUUGAAAACACCCCAUGAUCACUUCAUUAGCACCGCCUUACACUAGCAUGUAAGGCGGUGCUUCCAUCAGUGUACUGAAGAAAGGUAUAAAAGCAACCUUUUACAAUAUUUACAAUGUUUAAAGUAUUCAGCUCAAGGUGAACAUCUUGAUGAAGAACUUCAGUUGUCUUUCUUUCCAUCUUCAUCCAGCUUGUGAUUUUGUCUCUUUGUACAUAUGAGAGCUGGAUACUGUGGCUACUGCAGUAGUCAUUUCCUAUGACUGUCCAUAUUUGCUCAAAUAGAUGCACAUGUAUGUAAAGCUUCUUAGUAUCACAUCACGGUAGCUUUACAAGUUUGUUGGAUGUUUUACCUCAUUGUAUAUUUUAUGGUGGAGUUGGUAGCACUGAGAGACAAAACAAUAUAGAGAUGUUUGAACAUGAAAAUCUUUCUCUUUCUUCUUUGUUAUUCUGCAUUAUUGAGCUGUAAAUUACUUUGUUGAGUGAGCCUCGUAAUCACAAGCAAACAUACAAAAAUAAGCAUCUUCAUACAGUAAGCUAUUUUCCAAGUUUACCCCAAUGUACCAUCAAAUAUGGAGCUGCUUUUCUGUGCUACCACAAUACUUGAUUUUCUUUUGGGGCCACUUGUUUUUAGCAUUUAGCUGUGGUGGCGCCAAUAACUUGGAGUUACCUUAAUACAGGCUAAGAGAAAAAUCAUUAUCUGGCAUUACUGCCUCUCAUCAAACUAUAAACAAAACUACAGACCUCAGUUACAGCACAAAUGCACAUACAUCAUGAAACAAAUAACCCUGACAUAGAAGAAGCGUUUUAAGCCAAAGAGCAAGAUUGGAACUAAAACUGUAGACUGAAAGACUAAUAAGCACCCUUAACUGUAUAACAGAUUUAUAGGUUGUAACUAAUGGCUUCAUUAAUGGUUAAUAACUGGUUUAAAAGUGAGGUUCAAAGUUCAUUCAUGACCUUGGAAACAGCAGUUGAGAAAAGAAAAUCUCUCCCCAAGGUCCAUGUAGUAGCUCAUCUGGAGCUUUCAAUCCUGUCACCAGAAGGAGUUUGCCCAUUUGUCAUGGAAUUGUAUUUUUCCCAACUUGAACAAUAUCUAUGAAUGGGUAAACUACAGCUGUUGAUGAAGAUAAUUUAUAAGCAAAUGCUCCAGGACAGCUACCAAAAGGGCCUUGUGGUGGAAUUGUUUUCUCUAAAUUUACAACUAAUGUAUAGAUGAGUUGUAUGCCUUUUAAUAAGAACGACGAGUUGUGAAAAAUCCAUUAGGCUAAUGUUCAUCCAUUAUUU